AUGGAACUCAACCGAGAACAUUUUAGCGCCCUAAUUUAUUACAACUUUCAGAGACAAUUAUCGCAACAAGAAUGCCUUGCUGAGUUACUGUCUGUUUUCGGCAAAGAAGCGCCACAUCAGUCGGCAUUUUUCCGUUGGUAUGGAGAAUUCAAACGUGGACGGGUGAGUUUUAGCGACGAUCCCAGGGUGGGUGCACCAAAAACGGCAGUCACCCAGGAAAACGUCGAUGCUGUGCGCAAACUCAUCAUUGAAGAUAGACAUGUGACAUAUCGCGAGAUUGAGGCGUCCUUGAAGAUCUCAAAGACCUCAAUUCAAAAAAUUUUACAUGAAGAAUUAGGAGUAAGAAAAUUAGUUUCUCGUUGGAUACCCCACCUGUUGACUGAAGAGCAGAAAGCAGCCAGGCGUUUCAAUUCCGGAAACUCAAAAAAUGUGCACAGCAUUGUUAGUGGUGAUGAAUCGUGGAUUUACUGUUAUGAACCAGAAAUUAAACGACAGUCGGCUGUUUGGGUGUUCCAAGGUGAAGAAAAGCCAGCAAAAGUCAUCCGUUCUCGGAGUGUUUCGAAAAAGAUGGUCGCGACAUUUGUAUCAAAAGCGGGUCAUAUUGCAACAAUUCCUCUUAAUGAGCACUGUUACUGCGGAUUGCAUCGAAAAAUCAACCCCGAAAGAAGAAUCAUCCUCCACCAAGACAGUGCAAGCUCGCACACAGCCCAAAAAACAAGGCAGUAUUUAACGGAAGAAAACGUGGAAUUAUUGGACCAUCCUCCAUAUGGUCCCGAUCUAAGUCCUAACGAUUUCUUUAUUUUUCCGAAAAUUAAAAACAGACUGCGUGAAGAAGCAGUUGACGCCUUCAAAAAUGCCGUUUUGGAUCUGCCAGCAAACGAGUGGAAAAACAAUAAAGUCAUUUAA